UCUGACACACAGGUUGCACCUGCACAGCCACGCGGAUUAAAAGGCUUAACAGUCGAUGACAGCAGGAUUUCGUCUGAACCUGGACCCAGUCUGAACAAAGUUUAGAGUCACUGUUGCUCGAGCAAACAGCUGUUUCAACGUGCACCAUACAAGCUAGACGAACUGGGCGAAAUCGCGACCCUAACCUUGGUCCUGAAUGUCUAAACUACCAGGAAAUGCAGGUGUGUCGGUGCUCGGGGACAAGUCGCUGGAGUUUUACCGGGACCCGGUGAGCUUCUACCGGGAGCGUAUCGAGAAACACCGGAGCAGAGUGUUUCAGUGCCGCCUGCUGAACAGACCGACCACCUUCAUCUGCUCCGUGCAGGCAAUGAGAGAGCUGCUGUGUGAGAAGUCCAACGUGUUUCAGAAGGAUCCAACUGACUUGAUGACCAACAUGUUCGGUGACACCAUUGUCACCACUAAUGGCGAAGAGGCGUGUCUUCUCCGUCUGUCCCUCACCAGCCUCUUUUCAGGAAGUUGUUUGGAAUCGUCAAGUGAUUAUAUCACCAGUGUAUGUGUUCGCUGUCUGAAGGAGCUCUCUCUCAGUAGGCAGCCAGAGUGUGUCUACUCUGUCUUUAAGCGCCUGGGGACGGAGUUGGUUUUGGGCCUUUUUCUGAAUGUACGAGCGGAGGAGCAGCCUGAACUGUUCCAGGAAAUCACGCAACUCUGCACCCAGCAGUAGCAUGGCCUGAUCUCUGCUCCAGUCAACGUGAAGGUUCCUCUGUGGUCGUCGGGUUUCUCCACAGCUCUGGACGCCAGAGACAAACUAAUGGACAUCAUCAAAGACAAACUGGAGAAUGACACACAGGGUUUUGUGGGCACUCUCAGGUCUUUGCCGCUGCCCGACUCCAGUUGUGCCUCCCAGCAUCUCCUGCUGUUCAUCUCGGCUCUGAUCCCCAAAGCUCUGGCGUCGCUGCUCACCUCCUUCACACUGGCACUCAGUGGAAACGAACAGGAGGAGAAACGCAGACGAGCGAUAGAAGACCCUGAUUACCUGCACAGAGUACUGCUGGAGGUGCAGAGACUCUGGCCUCCUUUCAUUGGUGGACGCAGAAUAGCUGAUAAGGACUCCACUCUCGCAGGGUUUCAUGUUCCAAAGGGUUACGGUGCGAUCUAUAUCAGCCACGCCGUCCACCGUGACCCGGAGGUGUUCCAGCAGCCGGACAACUUCCUACCAGAGAGGUGGAGCGGAAGGAAUGCAGGCCAGGAGCACUUCCUGUGUUCCUUCGGCAGCGGGCCCAGGAGCUGUAUUGGAUCUAAACUUAAUGAUGUCUUCCUUAAGGAAGCGUGCGUGUACCUGUUAAAGCACUACGACUGGUGUUUGGACCCUCCAUCACAGGACCUUGAGUACAAAUGGCUGCCUGUGUCUCGCCCCACCAAUCCCCCCACCAUGUCUUUCACUCGACUGGAUCAGACCAGAUCUGACAAGAACUGCACCAGCUAGGGAUACACCGUAUAUUUCGUGAU